CUUAUCUCAUAUAUGAUUUAGAAUUGAUCACCUCACGUAAAAUAUAGUAUAGUUCGUGUAUUCUCUUAUGUUAAGAUUACUGUUUUGAAGAUUAUCGAGAACAUAACCUAAGGAAUAUGAUUUAAAGUAUAAUAUAAGUUUAAAUUUUUAUUUUAUUGCAAAAAGUACAAGAUGGAUAUGAUUUUCGAAAUUAUUAUGUGAAAUAGAUAAUCAAGAAAAGUUGCUCAGAAAUUGAAUAAUUUCUUUCUAAUUUGAUAAAAACAUAACCAAAUGACAGCUUUCAAACACAUAGGCUAUCUUGACUUAUAUAAAAUUAUAAUUGUAAGCUGAUUUUUAUUCGUUACAUUGGAUACAUCAAUUAAUAAUACAUAUGUUACAUGAUUGUGUAAAUAUUACUUAAUGAAUAUAUGUGAUAGAAUAUCUUUAAAAGUAUCUUUAUAAACGUGUGGGAAUGGGCAAUUGCUUGUGCAAAGAUAUCCCAGAAGAACUCGAAAUACAUCAUGGACAUAAUCAUGCAAAUACUGAAAAUACUAUAUUACCAGAAUCAAAUGUAGGCACAGUUGCCUCUAAUGAUAUGAACAUUACAACUUUUAAAUUUCCAACUUCAGCUAACAUUGAUAAAUUAGUACUUGAAACUCUUGGAGUAAUUGGUUCUCUUGUUGAUAAUGAGCAAGAACCACCACCUGCAUUGUUGAAAUUACAUGCUAUUGCUGAUAAAGAAGAUGGAUGGAUACAAGUUGUGAGUUCAAUGGUUAAUAUUAUUCCUAUGCAUAAUCCAUUAGGUCCUUCAGUUAUCACUCUUUUAUUAGAUGAUUGUCCAUUACCAUCAAAGGAAUUAGUUUUACGAUUGUCACACAUGUUUCAAUUAUCUCAAAAACUUGGAAAUAUACAGACCAGUGCAACUCAGCAACGUAACAUCUGUGUUGUAUUGGGUUGUAUAGCAGAAAAAUUAACUGGCCCUAGUAGUAUUGCUAUAUUAUCCGAUGAGACUUUGGACUAUCUUAUUUCAAAUCUUAAGGAAAAUAUUGAUCCUUAUGUGGUAUUGUAUUCAUUAAUAGCCUUGGAAAAAUUUGCACAAACAAGUGAGAAUAAAAUAACUAUAAAAAAACGUUUAAUGGCAGAGAAACCAAAUCCAUUAUUAGAAUUGGAAAAGUGGGCAACAGAAACUCAUUAUGUACGUCGUCAAGUAGGUUUUUGUGCGCGAUGGUGUUUAGACAAUUUGCUUAUAAUGGAAGGUAGAAAAUAUUCUCACGAUUCAGUUGAUAUGUCUGGUAUUAAUGUAAUGUUAAAUACAAAGGAUGUAAGCGAGUACCUGAAAAUAUCACCUAAUGGCUUAGAAGCUCGAUGUGAUGCAUAUUCAUUUGAAAGUGUAAGAUGUACGUUUCAAGUAGAUUCGGGAAUUUGGUAUUACGAAACACUUGUUAUAACUACAGGUGUAAUGCAAAUUGGAUGGGCCACUAAAAAUAGCACAUUUUUAAAUCACGAAGGCUAUGGCAUAGGGGAUGAUGAAUAUUCUUUGGCCUAUGAUGGUUGUCGUCGAUUAAUUUGGUAUAAUGCAAAGAGUGAAAGAAAUCAUGAUAGACCUUGUUGGAAAGCUGGUGAUAUUUUGGGUUGUUUAUUAGAUUUGAAUAAAUUGGAAAUAAUAUUUUCCAUAAAUGGUGUACCAUUGAAACCAUGUGUUCAAGUUUUUAAAACAGUACGGUCUGGAUUUUUUGCAGCAGCUAGUUUUAUGUCAUUCCAACAAUGUCUUUUUAAUUUUGGAAAUGUACCAUUUAAAUAUCCUCCUACCGAUCGCGAAUAUAAAAAAUUUAACGAUUAUGCUAGUUUGAAGCCUGAAGAUAAAGUUGUGCUUCCUAGACACAUAUAUCUAGAUCAAUUGAGGAAACUUAGCGUUAGAGAGGAUUCAUGUACAUUGUGUUUUGACCAAAGAGCUUCUGUAAGAUUGCUACCAUGCAAUCAUAGAGGAUUUUGCCAAACGUGUUCGAAUCAAUUGAUAGAGUGUCCAAUGUGUAGAGCUACUAUCGAAGAAGUAGCGACCGAUAACACAUGACACCACAUAAGCGUAUCAACAUUUAAUACUCUUCCAUUACCUUUCUCAUAUUAUAUAAUUCUCAGGAAUUGUCGCGAGGUAAUCACAAUUGCAACACAUCGCGUGUAUCACAUAUUAAAUAUAAUUAUAAUAUUUUAUACAUUUCUUUUCUUACAAUAUAGUAUUUUAAAUCAAGAGAAGGACUACAAAUCACAGAAAGCAAGGUUGCAUUUAAAUAUUACAUCUCUGAGAUAUAUCAUUUUGAAUGUUGCAUUCAUAUACGUAGAUAUAAUUAUAUAUAAAUCACAUUGCAAAUUCAAAUUACAGAAGAAUAUCACCUUCUACCAUUUAUCGGCUGUGCAAAUUAUUUUCCCUAGGUUUUACCUAAGUAUGCCUUACAUCUAAUUAAAUAUUUAAAGUAAAAUAGUGAGAUAAAAUUUAAAUAUUUUUUUUACACUAUACAGAUUAGAAACAAAGAAUUUGCAAUUUACAUCUGAAUUGCUAUGAAUAUACAUUUCCAAUUUAGUAUUUGUGACUGGUUCAUAAAUACAUAUGUAGUGGACACUAUUUUGUCUAUGAACGUGAAAUUCUUUUCUGUUAAAUUAUGAAAAUCUGUAUCACAUGUAUUUGUCAAUAUCGACAAACAAAUAACUGAAUUUGUG